AUGACGCUUCCCGUUCUUCCCAAUCCCUCCAACUUCCUAGCCGUUGCGCUCGUCAUCAAUCGAUCGCGCGAGGGGCCAAGGGUUGUCUUUCACUACCCCCCUCAUGUGCUACCAACCCAAGGCAGGUACGGGAAGUCAGACGAUGAUGACGAUCUCGACGACGAGGAUGACACCUGGCUUGGGCGCGCUGCUCAACUCUCAGGCCUCGAGGGAGCUGGCCCAUCCCUGCCAAACCCAGCCGAGUUCUUGCAAUGGAAUCAAGAUGACCACUUGGUCACCGAGAGCGGCACCCAGAUUGUGCCCUGGGAGCACGUCGCUGGCUUCCCGACGAAAGACCUCGGGAGGAUCCUGACUCCCGCACGCGCCUAUCAUAAGAGGCUGUUCCAGCUGUCUCUGGAUCCGCUUUACUGCGUCUCGUACCCUAUCUACGUCCCGGAGAGUGGGAUAUGGAAGAGGAAGACGAAGAAGGGCAAGAAAUCGAAGCCGACCAAAGGGGACGAGGACGAAGUCGUCCCUGCGGGUACAGAUGGCGCCACUCCAGCCGGCGACACAAGGGCGUCCGAGUCGGACCAGGCCGAGGCCAGGGACAUGGCCAAGCCUGCAGCCAGCGGUGAGGGGCCCACGGACAAAAAGAGUUCCAUGACCAUGUUCAACCUCGUCUUUAUUCUGCGGCCCAAGAAGCACGAGGUCAAGGAUCUAGUCGACAUCAUGUUUGUCCAUAUCAUCAAGAAAGUCAACAAGGCUUUGAAAUAUUGCCAGCAGAGGAGUGACUUUGUAUGGAAGGAGUCAAAACGAAUUCUAGCCCUCAAGGAAAAGGGCCGGGAAGAUAAGAUGAAGAUGAGUUCCUUGUGGCAUGAAAUCCUGUCGACAUCGUCGCUGGCCGCGUCGAUGCAGGAUAUAUAUGACGCCGUGUCCCAGAACAGGAUCGCGGCUCUUCAGCUGGAAACAGCCGAGGGAACAGUUACCCAUUCGGUGCAGAUACCCAUACCCUUCUGCAUAUCCGACCUCCCGCAAGACAACGACGUCGACCCGCAAGGCCAAGGCCUGUGGAUAACAACGGCGAAUACAUUCCUAAGCGAAGACGCCGCCGACGGAUCAGGUUACUUGGACAAGAACUUUGCCCUGCUCCUGAUGGACGACGAGAAGAAGAUUAUCGCAGAGCUGCAAACUAGUCCGGACGAGACGACUCUCUCCAUGAUUGAAUUUGUUCGGCAUUGCAAAGCAACGCUCUCGCUUUAUCAAGUCGCACAGCAGGCCAGCAGCAUCCUGACUCCAGCCCAAGUGCGAAAGUAUGCGCAGCACGUCAUUUUCUGGCGGCGCGCCAUCGCCAUCCCGCCGCUGCACGCGCGCGACAUUUACAUACUGUCGCCGAACUGCAACAUGUCCAGGCUGCCGCAAGCAGCGGCGCAGUGGGCACGGCAAUUCCCCCUCGCUCCGGCACUGCCGAACUUCUUGGCAGACCUCAGCGUGGCGCCCCGGCCCUACAAGAUGCAUUGCCCGGCCAAGCCGCACCGCCCGUUAUACAUGGCGAUGCUGGCGUGGCUGAUGCGCGGCGGAUGGGUGACGCAGCUCUGCACGUUUGGGUACGUUGUCGUGUGGCCUGAGAUUAUCUACGAGGUCGAGUAUGCGCUUGAGGCACAGGCCAUAGCGAAGGCGAAACGCACGCAGGGGCAAGGCGCCGAACCCGCGAGUAUCGAGAGCACAAAUACAAUCAGCAGCUCCUCCACGGGAGGCGGUGAAGGAGCCUCCCUAUCGGCGUCCAUGAGCCCGACCCACGGCGCCAGCAGCGCGGAACGGAGUCUCGACGCCUCGACGGACCUGGUCUCAUCCACGGCGACGCUGCGUGGCCCCUCUCUGUCGUCAACCCACGUCAACAUCCCCGGCGCAACCGAGCAGCAGUCUCCCGGCUCGGAGGCCUCUUCGCCAUCGCCUCGUUCCCCGCUCCGUCCUGGCCGCCAGCAAGGGCCCAGCGAGGACGAUGUCGACGAUGUCGACAAUGACGUCGAUGAUAGCGGGGACGACAACGAGAACAAUAACAAUAACAAUAACAAUAACAACAACAACCAAGCACCACCCCGCCACCGCCGCCGCCAGCGCACGCAGCCGACGCCAGCGGAGCAGGUGGCCGAGAAGGCGCGGCUGGAGCGCAUAGCCGACAAGGCAGCGCGCGACCUCGCCGACCGGGCGACAGCGCACGCGCGCAAGGCCGCCCCGCGGCAGACCGCCCACCCCAGCGUCAACGACGCGCCCCACCUCGCCGCCCUGUCGCCCCACAUCAUCCUCGACGCCAAGAAGGCCACCGGCCGCGAGAGCCUCUACCUCGACGCCAUCGGGCGGCGGCUGCUCACUGCGGGGAGGGUAGGGGCUUCGGCGGUGGGGAGGAGGAGGACCGACGGGAACGGGAAUGGGAACGGGAACGCGGAGGGAGGCGAGGGGCAGGAUGGGAGCAGCAAGGGCGAGGCGGCGGCCGCGGACGGAGGGGACAACAACAACAACAACAACAACAACAACAACAACACCAACAAUAACAACAAGGGCGACAGGAAGGUCUCGGAGGACGGAGAGAAGCGGGCUGGCUCGGCCAAGGGCGCGCCCAGCACCCCCAGCAGGCUGGCCAGGGACGGCAUCGUCAGGGACGGGAGGGACUGUGACGAGGGGGUCGCCGCUGCGUGGCCGCGGUUCUGGAAGUACUUCAACGGGCGGUCGGCGCUGGAGCGCGUCGCGCUGCAGGAGGACAUGAAGCGGAAGGACGUGUGGAACCUGCUGACGGCUAUGAGUGAGUACCUGCUGUGCGUGAGGCACUGGUAG